GUCAGCAACACGUUACUACAUCCGGAAAUCCCCAUCCAGCCCAUGUUGAUUAUCCUAGCAGAAGCAACUGUUAUGACCAAGACCAGAUUUGAACUUUUUAAACGUUGAACACAGUUACAGCUACAAUGGAUGACCGUGUGCUAGAUCUGACAGAGGCACAGGAAGCUAUAAAGUCAAAAUACCCUCCAAUUAACAAGAAAUAUGAAUACCUGGAUCAUACCGCAGAUGUGCAAAUCCACUCCUGGGGUGACUCUCUGGAAGAAGCCUUUGAGCAGUGUGCCAUGGGCAUGUUUGGCUACAUGACAGACACAGAGACAGUGGAACCGCUUGAUACUGUUGAUGUGGAAUCAGAGGGUGAGGACUUGGAGUCUCUUCUUUUCCACUUCCUAGAUGACUGGUUAUACAAGUUUAGUGCAGACCUCUUCUUUAUUCCCAGGGAGAUCAAAGUUUUGCACAUAGACAGAAUGAAUUUCAAGAUCCGCUCCAUAGGAUGCAAUCACACAGAAAACACACAGAACUGGGAUCUUGAGAGGAACAUGAACAUCACCAGUGUAACUGAAAAGGGACAACAGCAUCUGCAUUUCCUGAGUUGGGGUGAAGAAUUCUCUCUGGAGAAGCAUCCACAGGGGACUGAGGUGAAGGCCAUCACAUACUCCGCAAUGCAGAUCCACGAUAAAGAAAAACCGGAGAUAUUUGCCAUUGUUGAUAUCUGAUGAUAGCUUCAGAGGCAGAGCACACUCCUGGUUAAAUGGAGCUCGAUUAGCUACAUGGCCAGUUUAAGUGGCCUUUUGUGUAAAACACUGAUUAUUGAAUUGUAAACUCUAGUUUUCUACUCGUGGCUUGAAGUGUUUACAAUGAAAGAUCUUUCUUACAGAGUAGUAAUAUAUAUAUUAUAUAUUGCAUUAUUUCAGAAAUUAUAAAAUUUAGAAAUAAAACAGUUGUGAGGAAUGGUGAUGAUAUGCAGAGAAACACAGUGCACGGAAAUAAUAGAACUUGUUUUUAUCACAUUUGUUGACUCAGUUUUACUUGAAAAGUUUUUGAAAAUUCUUUUCUUAAAUUGGAUAGUGUUGAUGCCUUAUUAAUCAUUGUAAAUAAGUCAACAGAUUUUUAUUUUUUUUUUCUGUGGGAUUACAUAAGUGGUUACUAGUAGUUAAAUCUAAAAUCUCACUUUUGAAUCAUUGGUGGAGGUUUGGAGGAUUUGGAGGACAAAGCAGGAACCAAAUGUCACUUUUGAGUUCAGUACAGCAGCAUAUUAGAUGUCAUCAUUAUAAAUCGUAUUUUCUCUUUGAAUGGGUUAAAUUUACUUGCAUACGUAUGCCUUUAAGUAAGUGUAUCAUCAUCAUCCGUGUUAAUUGCACUAUGGCUGAUUGAUUUGGGUUAAUUUGUUGUUACUUUUUGAGCGCACUAAUGCUAAAGAUACAUUGCGGACCUCAUGGGUCUGUGCCUGUUCAAGGGAAUCAAAUUUGCUUCCUAUGAGUCAUUGUUGCAGGACAUUUUCUUCUGUAUUGUAUUGACCGAAUGUCACAGCACAACAAAGAGAUUUCAACCAUAA